AUGGUAGUAAGACUGGAUAUCGCCGCCGGAUGGCCGGAACGACGGUCAAAUACAAAUUUUACGCUGCAGACCGUGUCUAGAGGAUCCCCACCCAUCCUGAAAGAAGUUCUGUUGACCCUUACCCUAGGACGCCGACCGAUAACAAUGUGGGUUUUCGUCGCGAAUAUCACUGAUGAGCUCAUCCUGGGACUGGACAUACUGCGAGCCUACGAUGUGUCUGUGGACAUAGGACGCCAAACUCUGUGUCUGGCGGAAGAAGUAUUGUUAUGGAGUCCAGGGGCAAGGCCCCGUCCUUCCAGCUUAACAGUGGCAAAGGACCAAGUGAUUCCCGCACAGAGCGAGGGAAUAGUGUUGGCUAGAAUGGAGAAUAAUCUGAUAGUAGAAAAUGGUCUAGUACAGCCAAGCCCGCAGGCCCAUCCGACUGAUGGAAUCUACGUAGCCAGGACCCUAGUUCAGGACUGUCAAGAAGUACCAGUGAGGGUCAUGAAUGCUACCCGCAGGGACCAAAAGCUCAGGAAAGGAUCUCCUCUGGCACACUGUGAGCCAGUAACACUCAUGGCUUUGCCCGAUGUGGGGCAGCCACCAGCACCAGGCCUAAAACUGAAAUUAGCUGACGUGACCACAGCGGCGAAGCCACACCUAAGCACCGGAGAAUUUCAAGAGUUAGAGGAUCUCGUGUCCGAGUUCGCGGAUAUCUUUGCGAGGGACAAAGAAGAUUAUGGAAGGACAAACAAAGUAUAUCACCGCAUAGACACGGGAGACGCCCAUCCAAUUCGACAGCCACCGAGGAGAGUAUCCCUGGCUAAACAAGCAGAGGUAAAAGAAAUGCUUGACAACAUGCGAGGACAAGGGGUUAUAGAAGAAUCGGACAGCCCUUGGUCGUCCCCGGUCGUUUUAGUCAGAAAAAAAGAAUGGGUGGAGAAUUCCGUUUCUGUGUGGACUACAGAAAGCUGA